AUGCAAAGGCAUAGCAAACUAUGUGUCUCCACAUCCAACCCUAUGUUCGGACUCCAAGAUUGGGCAAACCUUCCGAAGGAUCUGCUACAAUCAAUUUUCUCUCACUUAGGCUCAAUCUGUGACCUUCUCGCCUUUGUUGCAACCUGCCGUUCUUGGCGGGUUGCAUUAACUUCAUACUCAUCCAAAUCCACCUUAUGCACUUUAUUCCCGCCUCUCCUCAUCCAACCCAAUAUUCGUGUCCAUGUUCGUCGUCCUCCAUGUAACAAUGGUCAUCGCAACUUACAGGCAUAUAAAGUUAUCGAUCCAGCCAAGCAAAGUGCCACCGGCCUUCACUGUCAUAUUGAUGAAGAAAUUUUGCAGACGAUGCGUUGUGCUGGCCCUUCAUAUGGUCAACUCAUCUUCUACAACCGUGGACAUUGCGUUGUUGUUGAUCCUUUUAGAGGUACCAAGGCCCAUUACGUGAUGACUAUAGAAAGCUCAACUGGUCUGAUAUUCCAUUCAAACAAAAAAUCAUGGAGCUUCAAUAACUAG